AUGCUGUUAUUGGAAUACGGCGCCAACAUCAACUCAGUAUCGGCCGAUGGAUCAACUCCUUUGACCACUGCAAUUAUUUACAACAGUCAUAAUGUCCUACGAUUAUUCCUUGAUCGAUGGCAUGAGUACUCGAUCUGCCCACGUAUGAAGGUCCCCAACCUGCUCCAGAUCGCGGCACUAUACGCUGAUCCUUCCACGCUCCAAAUUCUAGCAGCGACGGAUCAUUUCCGAAGGAGGUACGACAAGCAAUAUACUCUUGGUGACUUUGGACAUCACCUAAAGCAGCGCCCAGACUUUACAGAAAAGUUGGCAUUGGCAUUUGACGAAUUAUUAAGUGUUGUUAAUCAGGUGCCAGAAGUGAGGAAGGAAAUUUCCCCGAUAUUUGCUGACUCUGGACUCCUUUCUUGGUGUCUAUUUAGAUCAAACUCUGGCUUCAAUGAGUUUCAGGAUCCUGGGAGUGCUUCCAGCUCCGAUGGGAGCUUCUAUGAUGCCAUUGAGAAGCACCCUGUGAUUACGGAGAGUUUCGUUGCUGUAGAAUAA